AUGCCUUAUCACGCCUUCCCAGUGCUCAAACAGCAGUUUUUAGUAGACACAAAGUACGAGUUCAUACGUGAACUAGGUCAAGGUGCUUAUGGUGUUGUCUGUGCAGCAAAGAAUACUGAAACCGGUGAACAAGUUGCUAUCAAGAAAGUGACGAAAGUGUUCGAAAAGGAUAUACUAGCUAAGCGUGCGCUUAGAGAAGUAAAGCUAUUGAAACAUUUUAAUGGCCAUGACAAUAUAACGUCGAUUCUGGAUAUGGAUAUACCUAAUAUUCAUGACUAUAGCGAAAUUUAUCUGUUCCAAGAACUCAUGGAAGCCGAUCUUUAUGCGAUCAUACGGUCGGAACAACAACUGACGGACGCUCACUUCCAAUAUUUUAUAUAUCAGAUCUGUCGAGGGUUAAAAUAUAUUCAUUCUGCUAAUGUGUUACAUAGAGAUCUGAAACCCGGUAAUUUACUAGUUAAUGCAGACUGUGAAUUAAAGAUAUGUGAUUUUGGCCUUGCACGUGGUUUCUCUGAUGAUCCAGAACAUAAUGCGGGUUUUAUGACGGAAUAUGUUGCAACAAGAUGGUAUCGGGCACCAGAGAUAAUGCUUAGCUUUAAGAACUACACAAAAGCCAUUGACAUGUGGUCCGUUGGAUGUAUUUUUGCUGAGAUGCUUGGGGGGAAACCACUUUUCAGAGGUCGUGAUUAUGUUGAUCAAUUGAACAAGAUAUUAAAUAUAUUGGGAACACCUGAUGAAGAGACAUUGUCAAGAGUUGGUAGUGAGAAAGCUCAAGAGUAUAUUCGCGGUUUACCCGAAAUGCCGAAAAAGCCGUUUUCUCAGUUAUAUCCCCAGGCAAACCCAUUAGCUCUUGACUUGUUGGAGAAACUUCUCAAGUUUGACCCUGCAACAAGGAUUACGGUUGAAGGAGCUUUGGCGCAUCGUUAUCUGGCUGCGUACCAUGACGAAGAAGACGAGCCUACGCAUGAGCAUAUGUUUGAUUUCUCAUUUGAAAGCGUGAAUUCAAUAGACGAAAUGAAGACGAUGAUUGCUCAGGAAGUAAUGUCAUUCAAAGCGUCAAAACAGGCGGCAAUGGCCCAAAAUGGACCUCCAUUGGGAAACAGACUUAACUUGCCAAGCCCCAGUCAGAAUAAUCCUAUGUACGACUAUCAGGAUGUUGUCCAUCACGAAUCUGAAUCAAUACCUACUGACAUGGAAAUUGACAAAGAACAAUUGGAGAAAGAACUCGGUGGAUAUUAA